GAGCUUCAUUUUUAUUGGGUUAUGUCUAUUUGGAGAAAUGGAGUCAAGGCUGGUCAUGGGUGUCUUUCUCCUAGCAGUGCUCCUUCUGGAUAUACAAUGCAAUCCUCUAUCAUGGGGUUUGGAUCCAAUGGACGACGAUGGUUACACUGAAGACCGACCUUCUAAAGAUCCAGGAUGGAAUCCCAUGUAUGAAGCUAGUUUCAAUGAAGACAGACCUUCUGAAGCUCCAGGUUUCAAUGAGCCUGAAUGGCCGAUGGACCCUGGCUAUGAGUCUGGACAUGGAGGCCAGGACACUAGCUAUGAGUCUGGACCUGGAGGCCAGGACACUAGCUAUGAGUCUGGACCUGGAGGCCAGGACACUAGCUAUGAGUCUGGACCUGGAGGCCAGGACACUAGCUAUGAGUCUGGACAUGGAGGCAAGGACCCUGCUGCUGUGGAGAGCCAGCAUUUCACACCCACAUCUCCUCAAGACCUCCUCCCCUUUAUCCCUCUCAGUGUCCUUUCUGGGGAAGACACUGGGCCAUCCACCAGUCACAUGAGCCAUCCCAAACCUUCACCUGGUUCACAGUUCAUCCCAGGAGAACUGCUCCGCAUCAAGAGCACGAUGGAGGAUGGUGCAUACGAGUCGGAGACCCAGGAAAAGGGUGCAAAAGAUGCUCGGGAUGCAAUGGUCAACACCAGGCCACCUCAACUAAAAGCCACCAUGCCCAUGGGCUCUUCCGAGCAUCCGUUCCCUUAUGACUUGCUGUUCCUCACGGGCCAGUACGCGCCAGGAACGUACCCUGACUUCACCAAAAGUGUGGAGCGUGGCAGAGACGACUGGCAGGUGAACCACUACCGCAGAUAUGAUGAUCAUCCAGAGGACCAGCAGGUCCAGUCCUUCCCCAGUGCCUCUGAUAAGAGCUUUCUGACACCCAGUAUGGAAGCUCAGAAAGAGUCUAAAGCCGCAGAUGUGUUAUGGCCAAGGUCUAAAGGGAGAUCCAUGAUGUCUUACUAUUGGUAGCAUAGAGUAUAAGAGCUAUGGUCUUCCUCCCCAAAAUGCAACAGUGUCAACGGAACGGAAUUCCUUUGUGGUUAAUACAAAUAAAAUUUACCUCAAUGGUUUUGUUUUCCA